GAAACACUGAAUGGUAUGUGAUAGGAAUGUUACGAUGGCCGGUUAGACCAGAUAACAUCUUUGUCCUUUUCUCGCCGGCGACAAUUGCCUUAAAAAAUCGAUCGCACCUCUGCCACACGAAUUCAGGCAAGCGUAGCCAUGGAGACAACGUUGCCAUACGCGGAUGUCGAUUCACGCUUGAGAGCUAUGGCCGGUCGGGCCGAGGGUUUUGGCCGUUUUGCAGUCGGUGGCGCUCAUGGUCCUGUGCAUUCCGUUACAUCCUUGGCCGAUGAUGGGCCAGGAUCACUUCGUGAAGCAUGUCGCAGGAAAGAACCAUUAUGGAUUGUCUUUGAAAUUUCAGGCACUAUUCAUCUGUCAUCCUACUUGAAUGUGUCAUCUCAUAAGACUAUUGAUGGUCGUGGCCAGCGUAUAAAACUGUCUGGAAAAGGUUUACGGCUAAAGGAGUGCGAAAAUAUAAUUAUAUGUAACCUGGAGUUUGAAGGUGGUAGAGGACAUGAUGUUGAUGGUAUUCAGAUUAAACCGAACUCAAAGCACAUUUGGAUAGAUCGCUGCAGCCUGCGUGACUAUGAUGAUGGACUUAUAGAUAUAACUAGACAAAGUACAGACAUUACAGUUUCCAGCAGGUGUUACUUCGCAAACCAUGACAAGACAAUGCUUAUUGGAGCUGAUCCAUCUCAUAGUGGUGAUAGAUGUAUUAGAGUGACAAUUCAUCAUUGUUUUUUUGAUGGGACACGGCAAAGACAUCCUCGUCUUCGAUUUGGGAAGGUUCAUCUUUACAACAAUUACACCAGAAACUGGGGAGUGUAUGCUAUUUGUGCUAGUGUUGAAGCACAGAUAUACUCUCAAUGCAACAUCUAUGAAGCAGGGCAGAAGAAAAAAGCUUUUGAAUUUUAUACGGAAAAGGCAGCAGAUAAGGAGGAAGCAAGGUCUGGUUUGAUAAUCUCAGAAGGGGACUUGCUCUUAAAUGGAGCUCAACCAUGCCCAUUGAGGGAAGCCAAUGGAGAACGCAUGUUCCACCCUAGCGAGUUUUAUCCGAUAUGGACAAUGGAACCAGCUUCUGAUUCAUUGAAACACAUUCUUCAUAUCUGCAGUGGUUGGCAAUCUGUUCCAAGACCAUCUGAACAAGGUAAUGCUCUUGUUACUUGAUAAUUUUGUCAUAAAUCAAUCAUAAUACAUUGGAAUUUUGCUUUGGUGUAUAGUUUAAAUGCUUGCUUGCAUAUUAUAUUUUGCUAUUAUUGUCGUAAUUAAAAAUCAUUAAUGAUGUUUAGGAAUAACGAUAGGGUAUAUUUUGCUAGUGUUAAUUUAAGGCCAUUCCCCUAA